CUGUUGGGAGGGUUUACUACCUUGAGAACCCAAUGGAGUCUCCUUCUCUGGAUGGCCAUCUGUCAAGAGGGUUUACUUCCUUCAGAGUCCAAUGGAAUCUCCUUCUCUGGAUGGACUCAAACAAUGAUGGAUCUGGACCAAACGAAGACCAUGAGAAAUCUGUGUUUUUUUCCUUCCGUCUCUGUGUAUGUCUUUCUCCGACAGGUGAGCCUUACCUUGCAGACAGGUGAAGGCAAAAGUCCCUUUGGCUCUUGAAGGAAAUUCUUCCUGCGGGGAGCCCUUGCCUGCCCCUGGCGUGCGGUGAAGUGGCCUCUCUCUCUCUCUCUCUCUCUCUCUCUCUCGCACCCGAGGCCCAGCCUCUGCAAACCACCCAGGAGGUGCCAAAGGGGAGUUGCCCGGCCUUCCUUCGCGGCUAGAAAAGGGGAGGAAGAGGCACGUCCAGCCACAGAGGCAGGAAGCAGAGGAGCAGGUGCACCAGCCGGACCGGGACCACAAGGAGGCCACCCGUGCGGGCCGGGGAGCCGGACACUCCACCCCUCUCCUAAGGUGUGAUGACCCCGAGGUGGAGUGUCCAUCACCUGUAUAGAUCGGAGUACCAAUUGCUGGGAAGCGAUGAAAUGGCUUUUAAAUGGCACAAAUGGCUUCCUCGCGUCGCUCUUCUGACUUUGUGUGUCUUCUCCAUUGUCGCCCUGAUUCUCAGCCUGGUCGGGAUACGUAGUGUUGCUCUACCGCCCGAAAAUAAGUACGGACUGGUUUUCGACGCCGGGUCAUCCCACACCUCCCUGUUUGUCUACCAGUGGCCGACGGACAAAGAGAACAACACCGGGGUGGUCAGCCAGACCUUCUCCUGCCACGUCAACGGAUCUGGGAUCUCGUCCUAUGACAGCCACCCGACUGAGGCGGGCGCCUCGCUCCGGCCGUGCCUGGACGAGGCCAUGAUGGUGAUCCCUCCGGAGCGGCGGCGAGAAGCUCCCGCCUAUUUGGGGGCCACCGCCGGCAUGCGGCUCCUCAGAAAGAAGAAUCCGUCCGUGUCGGAGCGGAUUUUGGAGGAAGUGGGGAAGGCCAUCCGGGAAUAUCCCGUAAGUUUCCGAGGCGCUCGGAUCAUUACGGGCGAAGACGAAGGCGCUUACGGGUGGAUCACCAUCAAUUACCUGCUGAAUUCGUUCACCCAGUAUUCGGCCAAGGACCGGGACUGGGUGCACCCCGCGUCGGCCGGCCUGGUGGGCGCCCUGGACCUCGGCGGGGCCUCGACCCAGAUCAGCUUCCUUCCUUCCGACAACAACACCGACCCGUUCCGGUUCCGACUCUACGGCUUCGACUACGGCAUCUACACCCACAGCUACUUGUGCUACGGGCAGAACCAAGCCCUGGACCAAGUCAUCCGGGUCAUCCUCAAUGCCAGCUCCUCUGAUGUCAUUGAGCACCCCUGCUACCCGCAAGGCUACAACGGGACCAUGAAUGUGUCUUCUCUCUUUGGCUCUGCAUGUGCCAACAACCAGACCCAGGCGCCAGACAACGUCACGCAAGUGCUCCUCCUGGGCACGGGCAAUGCCACCCUUUGCCGCCAAGCCGUCAGGAACAUCUUCAACUUCUCCAACUGUAGCCAUAGCAAAUCCUGCGGCUUCAACGGGGUCUACCAGCCGAGGGUCAAUGGAAAAUUCCUGGCCUUUUCCGCCUAUUACUAUACCUUUAGUUUCCUGAAUCUCACCGAGACGCAUCCGCUGGCCGUCGUCGAAGAUGCGAUCGAUGCCUUCUGUAGCCGAACAUGGAACGAUUUGAAGUCCAGCUAUUCGGACCAGACGGAGAGCCGCUUGGUGAAUUACUGCGCCAGCGCCAACUACAUCCUCACCCUGUUGUUGGACGGCUAUGGCUUCAGCAACACGAGUUGGGAAAACAUUGCCUUCCGGAUGCAGGUGGCGAACUCGGACAUCGGCUGGACGUUGGGCUACAUGCUGAACCUCACCAACAUGAUCCCCUCGGAGGCACCACGAACAUUGCGAGGCCACGAAGAAGGGCCCUGGGUGGCUAGUGUCUUUUUCAUUGUGGCCACCUUGGCGCUGGCCAUCGUCUUGCUCCUCAUAUACUUCCUACAGUGAUAGAAAAGAUUGGCACACAUCAAGGACACAGACGUCAAACUGUGCUGCUUCCCGAUCCUCUUGUUUCACCACGAGCAAAGAUACUCCUUUCUUGUUACGAUUAUGGGGAAUGUUCGAUCCCCACAAAGUUCCCAGCUCUUUUCUCUGCCACCGAAGACGGAAACUCAGCGGGGGAAACAACCUGAACCAGAGCUUACUAUUAAUUGAUUGUUGGAGCUAUAUGCCAGGAAAAAAUAAUAAUUCCCAAGACUGGUAGCAUGAGUGGUUAAAAUCAUUCAAUGCCUAGAGAGGCUGGACCAGAAUGAUAUCUCAAGUCAAGUGAGACAGAUGUCAUGUCCAAGGUGUCAACAUAAGAGAUAAAAGGCCUGACCGUGUGCUUGAUCUCGCUCAUCCGAGUGUGAGUACAGUAGAGUCUCACUUAUCCAACAUAAACGGGCCGGCAGAAUGUUGGAUAAGCGAAUAUGUUGGAUAAUAAGGAGAGAUUAAGGAGAAGACUAUUAAACAUCAAAUUAGGUUAUGAUUUUACAAAUGAAGCACCAAAACAUCAUGUUAAACAACAAAUUUGGCAGAAAAAGUAGUUCAAUACGCAGUAAUGCUAUGUAGUAAUUACUGUAUUUAAGAAUUUAGCACCAAAAUAUCAUGAUAUAUUGAAAACAUUGACUACAAAAAUGCGUUGGAUAAUCCAGAACGUUGGAUAAGCGAGUGUUGGAUAAGUGAGACUCUACUGUAACUGUAAAUAAUUUGGAAUAAUAGCCAGUGAACCAUCAACAGCUCUUGGCUGAAAGACAGUGAUCCUAUGUGCGUGAUUGAAAAAGCACAGAGGCAGGGGAAGAGCAAAGGAGACACAUCAAAGCGUGCUUGUUACUGAUAUUGCUCAUGUCUGCAAAUCCAGGGGAACCCUAAAUGUCUUUUUUGGGGACCCCUGACACUUACUCCCACCACAAACGUGCCUUCAUCAAUCUCAUCAGGAAUAUUAUAUUAUCGAUCUACUUUUCAGGGUUGUCACCAUGGACACUUUGAAACCCUAGAUGCUGCUAUCCGUCUUAUGGUUCGGACACUUACCUCCAUCACAAACUUGUCUUGACCUUAAAGGACACGUUAUUGAAAGAAGGGGUUAUGUCGCAAUUUGGGUGAAAGAAACACGAAUAUAUAUUCACAUAUAAGUGUGUGUAUAUGUAUACUGUAUGUGUAUGUAAAUAAUAAUAGUAAUAAUUUUAUUUCUUACCCGCCUCUGCUCCUAGCUCGAGGUGGGUUACAGCACUGCUAAUAAGAAAUCAAAUUAU